GUGUCGCGCCGUUGGUGAUUCCGGAAGAAACGAGUGUGGCGUGAGCAUGGGGAAGCAAAAGAAAACAAGGAAGUAUGCGACCAUGAAGCGAAUGCUUAGUCUCAGAGAUCAGAGGCUUAAAGAAAAGGACAGAUUAAAACCGAAAAAGAAAGAAAAGAAGGAUCCCAGCGCGCUGAAGGAAAGAGAAGUCCCCCAACACCCUUCCUGCUUAUUCUUCCAAUAUAAUACGCAGCUGGGCCCACCUUACCACAUCUUGGUUGAUACCAACUUUAUCAACUUUUCCAUUAAAGCCAAACUGGACUUAGUACAGUCAAUGAUGGACUGUCUGUAUGCCAAGUGUAUUCCUUGUAUAACUGACUGUGUAAUGGCUGAAAUUGAGAAAUUGGGGCAGAAGUAUCGAGUGGCCCUCAGGAUUGCCAAGGAUCCAAGAUUUGAACGAUUACCAUGCACACACAAAGGAACCUAUGCAGAUGACUGCUUAGUACAGAGAGUAACUCAGCACAAGUGUUACAUUGUGGCCACAGUUGACCGAGACCUUAAACGAAGAAUCCGGAAAAUCCCUGGAGUUCCUAUCAUGUACAUUUCUAACCAUAGAUACAAUAUCGAACGGAUGCCAGAUGAUUAUGGAGCCCCUCGGUUCUAAUUCUUAUAAGACAGUGUUCCUCUGCCUUUCUUCAGCCAACUUUCUCUGUUAGCAAUUUGUUAAGGACAUACAGGACAAUGAAUUAUUAUCCUGUUCACCCAUUUGCUCGAUUAUGAGCUGAAUAUGGUUAAAUACACCCACUUUUGGAUGCUAUUUUGAAAAUGAAAUCUUGUCUCAUUUAAAAUUUUAAAUGAUGG